AAUACAAUUGUAAGUAACAUACCAACUCUCUUAUUAUCUUAUCAGCGAAGUGGAUCUAUUACCAUUUGGAUGCACUUUGACCUGCCCGAGGCAUAUGAUCCGACGAAUUCCGAAGGAGUGGCGGGAGAUCCGAUACACGUGACUGAGAGGCGAUUUCUUUUCUUUGUAGUUUGUAGCAAUAUAAUACUCCAUCAUCAUCGACAUCAACCAAUCAACCAAUCCUUUUUCUUUUUGUUUCUUUCCAACCGAAAAAUCGCUUUUGCAAAAUUAGAAAAAGGGUUUACGGCAACCCGAAGAUCUCGGAGGAAAAAAAGGUCAAAAUAAAGAGUAGAAUCAAAGCCUUUUCAGAUCAUCACUCAGUUUCAACUUCCAAUCCAAAAGGUUUUUAUUUUUCUUUCUUCUCCAUGUACUCUUUAUAUUCGUACUAAAUUUCUGCAAUUCUUCUUUUAAUAUCAAUCGGCAAGUUCAAGCUCUUCUGGAAUCCCGUCAGGAAAUAGUAUAAUGUAUACAAAUAGAGAUCUCACAUCAACGUGAGUAAAGUUUGGCGAUUUAGAAACUACAACAAGUUCUUCAUAGAUGUGGCCUUUACACAUCUUCUUAAACAAACUACUGAAUGGAGGAUAUAAUGUUCAUGAAGAUGAUGUAAAUUUGGAUGAAUCAAACAACUUCAAAUCAGCAUUCAGAAACGAGAAAAAAGGCAAGAAAGAUUUAUCGAUCCAGUCACACUUCAUUGAUGUCCCACAUAUAAAACAAGAACACACAUGGGAUUGUGGCCUUGCUUGUGUUUUAAUGGUUUUAAAAACCCUUCACAUCAAUCAUUAUGAUAUCGAAGAUCUUCACGCAUUUUGCAAUACAAAUAGUAUUUGGACAGUGGAUUUAGCGUAUUUACUGCACAAAUUUUCUAUCAACUUCUCUUACAUCACUGUAACUUUAGGCGCUAAUCCGAAUUUUUCAUUGGAGUCAUUUUACAAGAAGCAUUUAGGUGAUGAUAUAGUAAGAGUAAAUAUGUUGUUCAACAGAUCACGAGAAGCAGGGAUAAAUAUAGAGUGUAGGUCAAUCAACGGAGAUGAAAUUGCAGUAUUGAUUAUGUCGAGAAAAUAUAUUGUCGUAGCUUUGGUUGAUCAGUUCAUUUUGAGUCAGUCGUGGAUAGAAGAUUUUUAUAUAUCAGAUUUUUAUAUCGGUACCUCUGGUGGUUAUACUGGUCAUUAUAUUGUAAUAUGUGGCUAUGAUGCUGUUACAGAUGAAUUUGAGAUUCGGGAUCCAGCUAUUUCUAGGAGUCGAGGGACAAUAUCGUCAAAAUGCUUGGAAAAAGCUCGCAAAUCUUUUGGUACAGAUGAAGAUAUACUCUUGAUUCAUCUAGAGAAUGUAGAUACUUAAAACAACAAUAUGACGAGGGCUUAUAUGUAAUUUUUUCAAAGUUUGAUGCCUAAAAUGAACUUUUACCUAAAGUACUUUGCAUUUUUCAAGGUAUUUGUUUGAGUUAAUUUGGCACAAGCAUUACAUAUCAAUAGGUGCACUUUAAAGUGGUUAUAUAGAUAUGAGUUAACAGUAUUUAGCCAAAAGGAUUAUUUGUGCAAGUUUUUGGAACCAUAAGGACCAUUUGUGUCAAAAAUUCAUAUAUGGAUUAUUCGGGUAAUCAUGAGGACCAUUUAUGUAA